CUCCAAGCCGACGGGUGGCGCUGUGGCCAUCAUCUCGGCUUCUUUGCCCGGUGUCACUUCCGCAUUCAUAUCAACAACUAUGGCGAAAACGUACGAUUAUUUGUUUAAACUGCUGUUAAUCGGGGACUCUGGGGUCGGCAAGACGUGCGUCCUCUUCAGGUUUUCGGAGGACGCCUUCAACUCGACGUUCAUAUCCACCAUAGGCAUAGAUUUCAAGAUCAGGACAAUAGAGCUCGAGGGCAAGAAGAUCAAGUUGCAGAUAUGGGAUACAGCCGGCCAGGAGCGCUUCCGUACAAUCACAACAGCCUACUACAGAGGCGCAAUGGGAAUCAUGCUGGUUUACGACAUCACAAAUGAGAAGUCCUUUGAUAAUAUCAAGAACUGGAUAAGGAACAUAGAGGAGCACGCGUCAUCUGAUGUCGAGAAGAUGGUUCUUGGCAAUAAAUGUGACAUCAACGACAAGCGACAGGUAUCUAAAGAGCGAGGGGAAAAGCUUGCUUUGGAGUACGGCAUCAAGUUCAUGGAGACCAGCGCCAAGGCUAACAUCAAUGUGGAGACUGCCUUUUUGACACUUGCGAGGGACAUCAAAUCCAAAAUGGACACAAAAAUGGAGGGGAACAUGCCGCAGGGGAGCAGUCAAGGAGUCAAGAUCUUAGAGCCCCGCAAAAAGACCAGCUUCUUUCACUGUAGCCUCCUCUGAGGACCCUUUUUUUUCGAGGCCUUUUUAGAACCCGCUCCAUCCAAAUAGAUCUGCGCUCUCUCAUCGUGAGCCCUUCCUCUCCUUUUCCUUUCUCGCUCCUCAUCCUUGUGGACUAUUUCCCUUCUAGUCUUCACAGUGGAGGACUCUCCUCCGAUUGUCCUCUUCUAAGCGCUUCCAGUGGUGCGUCUGCAGGAGAUUCUUUGUGGAUCAGAACAACCAGGAGAUUGCCCACGUCGCACGAACGCAGGCUUGUACUGAUGUUUGCUUCCUUGUUUGUCUGUCAUGCAUCACACGAUCGCGAGCACAGCCAUCGGAGGGUUACUCCUAUGGAUUUUUGGGAGAGGAAUCAUACAAACUUAUUUUUAGGAGAGCUUCGUUUUGCCAGAAACUGACAAGCUUAAACUGCCGAAAUGCACAUGUUUACUUUAAUUUUACAUUCAAAUAGUGUAUAAUGCAGGGGCUUUCUCUCUGGCCUGUGCUCGACAAUCAUUUCACUUAAUCUAACAUGAAUUGAUCUCCUAUCUAAAAAACAAAACAAAACAGCCUCAUAGUUGCCGUUUACGUAAGCAUUUUUCAAGAUUUUGUAUUUUUUUUAUUCGGUGUCAAGCUAAAUGACAUUUCUGGCAACUCGUGCCCCUUCAGCUCUCCUGGCACUUUACACAGUAGCUCUUGUUUUGUGCAUCGAUUCCAACCUGCAAUACAUUUCCAUGGCGUCACUUUGGGAACCGUUUGGGAGAAAAUUUGGUUUUACUGCCAGUGAUGCCAGUAUUUGACUGACAACCUCGCCCUUUGCAUUCAUGCCUCAACAUUUGUAUUGUCUAUUUAUAAGAAGCUCUUUUUUAUAUGGUGUUAUUUGUACAGUAGAAUUUAUUUGGCUUUAUCCGCAACAACUGACUUAAAGGCGUUAGUACUGUUCACAAUCAGGCUUAAUAGUCAGUAUUUCAAGGAAGGUGCACACGUUUCAACACAGCAGCUCUGCCAACCUUCCAUUAACGUCAAAGCGACCCUGUUUGUCCCUUUAAAAGUGCACCUAAUCACUCAAUCAUCCUUCUCCGCCAAUCUCCGCUUGUUUUGUUUUUUGUCGUCGUCUCAUUUUUUCUUACCUGAACCAACAAGUCAUUUUGGACCUUGUGACCUCCGUGUCCAUUUGUCUUAAUAGCUCGAUUGGUCCGGUAAGCUAUGCAUCAUGUACCUUGGACCUUUUGUAUGUGCUUUUAUGAAUGUCCUCCUUUUGAGCCAAAAACAGGACCGUCCUUCUGUAUAGGAAAAAACAACUAUUUCAAUGCAAUCAGUCUAACAUUUUGGGUUAGUGAUGCACUUUCCUUCCCUUUCUUUGUAUCACUUUAACUCCUAUUGCUUUGCACAAAGCGAUUACCGUAUUUUUCGGACUAUAAGUCGCUCCGGAGUAUAAGUCGCACCGACCGAAAAUGCAUAAUAAAGAAGGAAAACAACAUAUAUAAGUCGCACUGGAGUAUAAGUCGCAUUUUUGGGGGAAAUGUAUUUGAUAAAAGCCAACACCAAGAAUAUACAUUUGAAAGGCAAUUUAAAAUAAAGAAUAGUGAACAACAGGCUGAAUAAGUGUACGUUAUAUGAGGCAUAAAUAACCAACUGAGAACGUGCCUGGUAUGUUAACGUAACAUAUUAUGGUAACUAAAUAACUAACAUAUAGAACAUGCUAUACGUUUACCAAACAAUCUGUCACUCCUAAUCGCUAAAUCCCAUGAAAUCUUAUAUGUCUAGUCUCUUACGUGAAUGAGCUAAAUAGUAUUAUUUGAUAUUUUACGCUAAUGUGUUAAUAAUUUCACACAUAAGUCGCUCCUGAGUAUAAGUCGCACCCCCGGCCAAACUAUGAAAAAAAAACUGCGACUUAUAGUCCGAAAAAUACGGUAUGUCAGCUGUUUUGGGCGCGUUCACAUUGGGUUCGGUUGAACGCAACUCUGGUACGUUUGUUCUACUAGUACAUUUGGUUAAGUGAACCCUUGUGCGGGUCUUGGUCCCCUUACAAGUAACCUCUGGUGCGGUUCACUUGAGCUUAAUGGUGAACACUGCCAGACCUGUUAGGAGAAAAAGUCUCCUCUCUGUGUGUGACAACAGCGCUCUUUAAAAGUAUGUUUUUGGUGAAAUUUAACAUUUAAUACCAGAAUACAAAUAUAACCUACAUAUUAAACCUAGCAAACUACAUUUCGGUUCUACAAAAAACGCCUAUCGUAUUUUUCGGAGUAUAAGUCGCACCGGAGUAUAAGUCGCACCUGCCGAAAAUGCAUAAUAAAGAAGGAAAAAAACAUAUAUAAGUCGCACUGGAGUAUAAGUCGCAUUUUUUGGGGAAAUGUAUUUGAUAAAAGCCAACACCAGGAAUAGACAUUUGAAAGGUAAUUUAAAAUAAAUAAAGAAUAGUGAACAACAGGCUGAAUAAGUGUACGUUAUAUGAGGCAUAAAUAACCAACUGAGAACGCGCCUGGUAUGUUAACGUAACAUAUUAUGGUAAGAGUCAUUCAAAUAACUAUAACAUAUAGAACAUGCUAUACGUUUACCAAACAAUCUGUCACUCCUAAUCGCUAAAUCCCAUGAAAUCUUAUACGUCUAGUCUCUUACGUGAAUGAGAUAAAUAAUAUUAUUUGAUAUUUUACGCUAAUGUGUUAAUAAUUUCACACAUAAGUCGCUCCUGAGUAUAAGUCGCACCAAACUAUGAAAAAAAACUGCCACUUAUAGUCCGAAAAAUACGGUAAUAGAAUCAUGACUUAUGUAUAUGUUCCCCUGCGCAGCCUUUGGUCACAUGACAAAAACACCUUAACGUAUGAACACUGAACGAACCAAUGCGCUCAUCAAGUAUUGUUUUUGUCAUUUUUUUUGUUUUUUGGUCCGUACCAGAGUACCAAACCCCGAGUGUGAACGCAGCCUUGUUGUUGUCCUGCAUAGACGCACAUUAUUCCAGUGUGUUAUCGACCACAUUUGCAUCCUGCUCCAACAGACUUAAAAAAAACAGCACAUUUUUAAAUCUUACAUCCUGUAUUUUUACACUCAUUUCAUACAUUUGUGAAGUACAACAUAGUGAAUAUUGUAUAAUGAGAUCUACUUAUUGUACUGUACUCUUCUUAUCUAUCUGCAAUUUGUAGAGAAAUCUAUACUUUUUUGUUUUGUUUUGAUGAAAUAAAAACCGAGCAAAGUAAGAAACCACGC